AUGGGCUUCUUAGAAAAAAACAAGCCAUUAAAGUCUUUAAAAGCUCCAAUGCCAAUUAAUCCAUCUUGGUGCGAUAUCUUGGAAACAUGCAUCGCCACUUAUCAAUCACAAGAGCUACACGAGAGCAUUCAAAAAAUUUCAUUGUUUCUUAAAAGCUCUGAUGCAACCUGGGAGCAACAAUGCCAGUAUUUAAGGGAUAUCGAAAAAUCAUUACCGUCAAAGAAACCCAAUUUCGCCCAAACGUUAAAUAAAAUAAACCUUUCACCUAAUUUCAUUCAUCAGAUUGAGUCAGUUCUUGAACCGAUAAUUGUAGGGAUAUACUUUACUUCGAUAGAACCAUUAGUAAAACAACGUUGUAUCCCAAUAUUUGAUUCUUGCUAUUUUUUGUUGGCAAAAUUACUCAGUAACCAUGGCACAGAGUCAAUAAAAUCUCUUAAUUUUGAUGCAGAUAAUAAUAUGGUCUUGGAAUUUUCAAAAGAAUAUUUUGCAUACAUAACUCAUGAUAAUUACACGACACAGACAUUAUGUCAAAAAGGAACUGCUAUUUAUCUAAUGUUAGAUUUUCCUCUGGGACUGUCAAUUGUAAAAGAAAAUUGGCGUCCCUGGUUGGCGAUACUGGGGAAGAUA